AUGGGAGAUCUCUUUUUGGAUCGAGGAAAUGAUGAGAAUUUGAUCCACAAGGAAAUUGAUAAGACACUUGAGAUGACAAGAGAGAGUCUGUUAAAACCACAAGAGAAAGUUAAAAAGAGGAAUGGGGACAAAUUGGUUUUUGUCUCCAAAUACAAUGAAUUAAGUACACAAAUUCAUAAGAUUUGCAGACAUUGGUACAUCUUAGCAAAUUGUAAUUCAGACAUACCAGAAUUUCAGCAGACACCUAUGCCUGCAUAUAGAAGAGUAACUGUGCAAGAAUCUACAGCUCCUAGUGACGAGAGACCUGCUGAUGCCCCUCAAGAUAAGGAAACUGAGUCUGUAGCAACAUCACCGGAAGCUUCUGAUCUGGGCAAACAGGAAAUGCUGGUGCAGUAUCUGACAGAUGCCCAUCACUUUGCUUUGAAGAUUGAAGAAGCGAUUGAUGUGAUCAGCAGAAUGAUGUAUGAGCCAGCUGUGUCAGUGGUGCAGGAAGUCAUUGAGUUCUUUGUCACCGUGUCACAGUUUGGGGUUUCCCAGGCUUUACUUGGUGUUCGUCGCAUGCUUCCACUGGUCUGGUCAAAGGAGCCUGGAGUUCGAGAAGCUGUGAUUGGUGCCUACCGGCGGCUCUACCUCAGCCCGAGCAGAGAGUCUGAGCGGUUGCAGGCUCAGGGUUUGAUCUGCAGCUUGUCCCUUCUUAUGGUUGACUCGUCUACGGCUCUUAUCCAGUGCCUGGAGGAGAUUGUUUCAGAGUUUGUGCAGAAAGGGGACAUCACCCCUCAGGUGUUGCAGUUGCUCUGGGAGAAGUUCACUUUAAAGUCUCCUUGUUCUCCUUUGGAACGACAAGCAUCUGUCAUGCUGCUGGGCAUGAUGUCACGGUAAG